ACUCGAGUCGGGUUCAGUGCUGAACCACCAUCCUCGCGAGACCGACUUUCUCCGUCUCUGCGCGGUCGUCCACUGGCGGAUCCACGGAUCUUCUCUCUUCCAGAUCGAAACCGGUGGUCGCCGGAGCCGCCGUGUCCUCUGCUUGCGAUCCUCUUCGUCCUCUGCCGAUAAGGAGGUGGUGUUUUCGCCUCGCCGACUGGCCGGGAAGGAAAACGAAUAAAGCCGUCGGAAAGAGGAAGAAGAUAUUCGCGAAGAAAUUCGGGAAGAGCAGAGGGAGCAAGGAGCUCGCGGAAAGAUACCUCGGAGGAUGGCCUACAGCUGGAACAAUCGGGUCGAUUUCAUUGUAAGGUUUCUCUACGACACGGACAACAAUGGCAUGGUGGAGAAGCACGACUUCGAGUGCAUGGCGCUCAAGAUGACCCUGAUCGAGGGCAAAGGGGAGUUCAGUUACAAUCGGUACCAGGAGAACCUGCACAUCAUGCUCUCUUUGUGGGACGAGAUCGCGGAACUCGCGGACUUCAACAAGGACGGUAUCGUGACCAUCGAGGAGUUCAAGGAGGCGGUGCAGAGAAGCUGCGUGGGAAGACAGUACAGGGACUUCCCGCAGGCGAUGAAGAUGUUCAUCGACAGCCACUUCAAGCUGGUGGAUCUGAACGACGACGGUGUGAUCGCCGCCGACGAGUUCCGCUAUAACUGUGUCACCAGGAUCCCCGUGGACAACAUAAAUAUCCUGGACGAGGCGUACCAGAAUCUGCUCACAGACGACGACAGGAGACGCGGCGGGCUGACUUUGUCACGCUACCAGGAAUUGUACGCGCAAUUCCUCGGCGACCCGGACGAGAAUUGCCCGGCGGUACAUCUGUUCGGCCCUCUACACGCCAUGGGUUGACGAGGAUACCGAUGUCCACACACGCGAUCGUCGACGAUCCCCGCGUGCACGUACAAAAGACAACUUCUCUAUAUACGUAUACACCUAUUUAAUAUAAUUGUUAUUUAAUUUCUGUAAGACGACGCAAUAAAUCGGAUAUUUUAUCGUA